AUGGCUUCCCUCAUUGCUGCAGCCCUCCAACUGAGGGCACAGGCAGCAAAAAAUGUGAAUCUGCAGAAUACGCCGGGGCAGCAGCAGCAGCAGCAGCAGCAGAAGCAGCAGCAACAGCAGCCAAUGCAGCCUAAGCAGCAGCAACAACAUCAGCAGCAGCAGCACACGAAACAGCUGAAGCAGCAGGAUGUAACAAGCCAACAGCAGCAAUGGCAGACGCAGCAGCAGCAGCAGCAGCAGCAGCAGCAGAAAAAAAGGAAGCAGCAGCAGAAGCAGCAGCGACAGGAACACUUACCACAGCAGCAAAAGCAGCAGCAGCAACAGCAGCAGCGCCAGCAAAAUCAGGCGACUCAGCAGCCACAGCAGCAGCAGCAGCAGCAAAUGCAGCAGCAGCAUCGGCAAGAGCAGCAACAGCACCCCUGCCAGCAGCUGCUGCAGCAGCAGCAGCAGCAGGGAGUUGCUGGUGCUGCGAGUUUGCAGCAGUCUGUGAUCGUGCAAGAUAAUAGAAAAAGAAAAAGGAAAAAACAAAACAGAGGCGCAGCAGAUGAAGAGAGGCCGCUGCAUGCAGCACAGAGGACAGCGGAGGCCUCCAUGCAACAAACGGCAGCAAGCCCAGCACAGCAGCAGCAGCAGCAACAACAACAGCAGCAACAGCUGCUGCAGCAACCGCAACAGCAGCUACACCUGCACUCCCACCAGAAACCCCAGAAGCAGCAGCAGCAGCAGCAACAGCAGCAUCUGCAGCAACCGGAGGAGCACCACCUGCAGCAGCAGCAGCUGCAGCAGCAGCAGCUGCAGCAGCAGCAGCAGCAGCAAAAACAGGCUAUCCAGACGCAGCAGCAGGUUAGCCAGACGCAGCAGCAACAUGCUGCUGAGCAGCAGCAGUAUGUAGUGGAUGCUUGUGGGCAGCAGCAGCAGCAGCAGCAGCAGCAGCAGAAACCAGCGGUGGAGGCGCAGCAGCAGCAACCGAUGCCACUGCAGCUGCAAAUACCUCAGCAGAAAGAGCUGCAGCAGCAACAGCAACUGCAGCAACAGCAGCAGCAACGGAGAGACUCACAGCAGGAGGAGCAACAGAGGAGUUGGCGGCUGCUGCCUCAGACCGCUCAACAUCAGCAGCAACAGCAGCAGCAACGACAGCAGCAACGGCAGCAGCAACAACAGCAGCAACAGCAGCAGCGGCCACAGCAGCAACAGCAGAAGCUUCAGCUGCAGCAGCAGCGGUGGCAUCAGCAUCAGCAGCAGGAGCGAGCAGCUCAGCAUUCUUUAUUUACGCCGCAGCAAGCGGGGGCUUUGCAAGAGAGUUUUAUAACCCUGCAGCAAGAAGCAGCAGCUGCACCAACUGCAGCAGCAGCAGCAGCAGCAAGAGGGAAAGCUGCGGUGCUGCUGCUGGGGGCAUCAGCGCGGCGGCUAGCAGCAGUCGCUCCGCAUCUUUCAGCUGCUUAUACGCGACGGGCCGAAGAAAUGGCGCAGCACUGCGGCAUCGAAUUAGGGCCUCGGGUGUAUGAGGGGCUGUGCCGAGGCUGUGGCGUCCCUUUGCUGCCGUUUUUAAUUUGUGCUGCUGCUACGCAGCCGCUGCUGCCUCUUAGUGCUUCUGGACGCCGCAUGCUACGGCGAAGCAGACAGCAGCUGCAGCAGCAGCAGCAGCAGCAAUUUGGUGCUGCUGGGGGCCUUGCUGCUGAUAGCCUGAGAGAUUUUGCUGCUUCUUCUUCAGUGGUUGCCGUCUGCAAACUGUGCGGGCAGCAGCAGCGCAGCGUCAUUGGGCCUCUAAGGAGGAGGAGGCGAAGCCGGCAGCAGCAGCAACAGCAGCAGCUGCUGCUGCUCAUGGAGCCCCAGCGACAGCAGCUGCAGCAGCAGCAGCAGCAUCUGCUGCUGCAGGAGGCGGAAGCAUCUGCAAGGGGAGCCGCUUUUAAUAGGCAAAAGAUGCAGCAAAACCAACGAAGACAGACGUUGUGCAACGGUGGGCAGCAGCAGCAGCAGCAGGAACAACAGCAGCAACAGCAACAGCAGCAACAGCAACAACAGCAACAGCAGUGUCUGGACACGGCGAAGCAAGACCAACUUCCUUGCGAGCCGCAGCAGCCUCAGCAGCCUCAGCAGCAGCAGCCACAGCAGCAACGACCACAGCAGCCGCAGCCACAGCAGCAGCAGCCACAGCAGCAGCAGCAGCCACAGCAGCAGCAGCCACAGCAGCAACAGCCGCAGCAGCAACAGCAGCAACAGCAGCAGCAACAACAGCAAGAUCUGCAGCAGGUAGGGGAGCAGCAGGGGCAGCAGCAGCCCCCAGAGCAGCCGGAGCAUAUCCAUGAACAAGAUAACCAGCAGGGGCGGGGGCCGCAGCAGCAGCAGCUGCUUCUGCAGCAGCAGCAACAACAGCAACUGAGCUCAAGUGUGUCAGCUGGCCCUUCGCGAGAUUCGGGGUUUGCAUUUGCUGCUGCAUCUGCGCCUCCCUGCAGCAGCAACAGCAGCAGCAGCAGCAGUGGCAGCAGUAGCAGUUUGACUCCUCAGCCUUCUGCGUCUGUACAUGAGGGCCCCAAAGAGGGCCCCCCUACCCUUUCAGGGGUUCAAACAAAGCCGGCUGCGUUUGCUGCUGCUGGCAGCAGCAGCAAAACGGAGGAGCAGAAGCAGUCCGCGAGUUUAUAUGCAGUUUUAGCAGACCUUGAUUUCUGA